CCUAAAAGAGGUCCUUUUUCCUGGUGACGUGUAUGCUUGACAACGAUAUGUGAAACUAAACGAAACGGAGGAAAUAAAACAUUGCAUAACUUUCCUUUAAAGCCGUUUUACCGUGUUUUAGUGGCGUCCUUAACCGUCACUGAAGAUGGAGACGCUUUACCAUCAGACCAAUAAACAAAUUCAGGAGGUUCAGUCUCACAUGGGACGACUGGAGACAACAGACCGACAGUCAGUCCAUUUACUUGAGAAUGAACUCCAAGCAAGAAUUGAUCAAAUCUUUAAUCAGCUGGAGCGUCUUGAGAUCUUAGCCAGUAAAGAGCCUCUAAACCGCCGGCAAAACGCCAAACUGCGCGUCGAUCAGUUGAAGUAUGAUGUGCAGCAUCUCCAGACAGCCCUGAGGAACUUCCAGCACAGACGUUACACUCGCGAGGCUCAGGACAGAGAAAGAGAGGAACUCUUGAGCCGAAGCUUCACAACAAACGAUGCAGAUACCUCCAUCCCUAUUGAUGAAACCCUGCAGUUUAAUAGCAAUCUACAAAAUGCUCACCGAGGAAUGGAUGACCUGCUGGGCUCCGGCUCCAGCAUCCUUAAUGGCCUGAGAGACCAGAGGAGCACACUUAAGGGUACCCAUAAAAAGAUGUUGGAUGUGGCAAACAUGUUGGGUUUGUCGAACACGGUCAUGCGUUUGAUUGAAAAGCGAGCCUCGCAGGACAAGUUCAUCAUGAUGGCGGGAAUGCUGGCUACUUGCUUUGUCAUGUUCCUGGUGGUGAAAUACCUUAGCUGAACUCUCCCAGCUUUAGCCGACCCUGCUGCUCGAUGGCGUCAGUGGAUCAUUCUGGGUUUCAUGCCGCGUGCUUCACAUCUGGGUGUGCUGAAAGAAAAUCACAGAACUGCCUUUUUGCAGGACGACUGCCACUCUCAACGUCACAACUCAACUUUUGUGUCUCUGGUAUUUCUUCUUCGACUGUAUUUUAAAGACAUUGAAUCCUCUUGUAACUUUCCCCUCAGCUGAUUCUGAAAAAAGCAGCUAAUUUGUGUGAAUGUGAAAUUUUAUUUUGGAAUCUAGACUGAAUUAGAAGUAUUAGAGCAAACAGUAAUUAAAGACAUUAAGUUUUGAUUGAGAAUUGGUCCGCUAUUAGCUCUUCAUUGCCACCUUCUGGGCAACAAAUGAAAAAUGGUUACUCAAUGCUUAAUUUGUACUUUUUGGUUAAUAACUCUUCUAACCUGUAAAUACUCAUUUCUGUGCAAUAAACUCAAGUAGCCACAUACGUCCAGCUCUCCUGAAA